AUGGGCAAGGGCACAGGCGCCGGCGUCUGCCCGGCGGAUGCGGAGGUGGUGUUCUUCAUCAACACCUUUGCUCCUGAAGCUCAAUGGCUGCACCAGCUGCUGCCGGCCGUCGCCGCGCUUCUCUCGCAGCGGCUGAAGGGCGUGACGCUGGCGCAGGACGCGGUGCUUCUGAGCAGCUCCCCGCCGGUGCCGCGCCUGGAGCUGCGCUUCGCGGCGGAGCGGAGCUACCGCCAAGCCAAGGCCAUGGCGAAGCAUGACCCGCAGGCCUGGAGGUGGCAGACCUCCUUCGUGGAGCAGCGGGUCCGCUUCGUGGCGCGCCAGCCGGGCAGCGUGAAGGCCACCAUCCGGCUGCUGAAGUGGUGGCGCAACCAGCAGGAGUGGUCGGCGCCCAUUUUCCAGCCCAGCGACGAGAUCCUGGAGCUGACCGUGAUCCACGCCGCCCAGUCCAAGAAGGCUGCGGAUCAGCGCGAGGCCGUCGUCCACGUGCUGGACCUACUGUCCAGCUUUCAAGAGCUCCGGGUGAUUUGGACCAACUUUUACAGCCAGGGGGAGAUCUGGGGCCCGCUGCUGCUGCAGCGGCCGCUGGUGAUGGACCCGGCCAACCCCUGCGCCAACUUGGCGCGCCCCGAGGUCUUCCAAUGCUGCGAGCUCAUGCAACACGCGAGGUCGACGCACUUCUUUUGGUAG